AUGGCCGACGGAAAGCAUCCCGGCGCAUCCGGGCCCGACCUUGCAGCGGGGGUGAACGAUCGUGACGUGUUGCAGAGCAGCGAGAAGCGCGUUGCACAUCCCUCGGGGAAAGAGGGCUACGGCCGCCUUGCUCAAGUCCUCCGCGGGCUUGCAUUUGCCGUCUACUUUACCUCGUGUUGUUUGGCAAUCGUUGUGACGCAGUUUAUCGGCGCGCCGUUGUACUUCAUCAACCGCGAGUGGUUCUAUGCGUACAUGGCCAUGACCAAGCGCUCCUUUGCGCUGACGACGACGGCCAUGACCCAGAUAUGGGGCCCGACCACGGUUCGAAUCAGUGGCGACGAAUCUGUUGCCGGCCAAAUCAAGUCAACCGGCGACGGAGGAGUACAGUUCUCGUUCCCCGAGCGCCUAGUUCUCAUUGCCAACCAUCAGAUCUAUACUGACUGGCUGUAUCUCUGGUGGAUUGGCUAUGUCAACCAACCGGCGAUGCACGGGCAUCUCUACAUAAUCUUGAAAGAAUCGCUGCGAUACAUACCGUUCAUCGGCACGGGCAUGAUGUUUUAUGGGUUCAUCUUCAUGUCGAGGAAGAUGGCGACGGACCAGCCGCGGCUGGCGUACCGACUCAACAAGCUGAAGCAGAAGAAGACCAGCCCCAAUGGAAAGACGUAUCUGGAUCCCAUGUGGCUGCUGCUCUUCCCGGAGGGAACAAACCUCUCGGGCAACGGUCGGCGGAAAUCCAGGCAGUGGGCUGAAAAGAACGGUCUGAAGGAUCCCGAGCAUGUGAUGCUGCCGCGCAGCACCGGAAGCUUUUUUUGCCUCAACGAGCUCCGGGGCACCGUGGAUUAUGUGUACGACUGCACGGUGGCGUACGAAGGCAUCCCCCGAGGCAAGUAUGGCGAGGAGAUUUUCGGACUCUCGAGCACAUAUUUUCAGGGCCGGCCACCAAAAUCUAUCAACCUUUACUGGCGAAGGUUUCGCAUGUCUGAGAUUCCGCUCGACGACCAGAAGAAAUUCGACCUGUGGCUACGCGAGCAGUGGUACAAGAAGGACGAACUCAUGGAAGAGUACUUGAAGACUUCGCGCUUUCCUCCCAUGGCUGGGGCGGAAGCUGGCUUUGUCGAAACCUCGGUUCGGACUCGUCACCCCUGGGAGAUCCUGCAGGUGUUUACUGUCGUGGGACUCUGCGGCCUCAUUUGGAAUAACGUUAGGAGGCUCUUUCAUGCAGCUUCCAAGGGCCUCGGCUUCUAG